UGACGUGAAGUAGCUAUUUCGGAAGAGCUGGAAGCAAAGAUUGCGUUAUUUUCAGGGCUGCCUUGGUGUUAUUCAGACUUUGCUCGAGAUAUUUCAGUCACGUGACUUCCUUGUUGUCAAUCAUCAGUGAAUGUUUAGCGAACAAAUCGCUAGCCGUUUGAUUGAGGUCUCGUAGUCUACCGCACAAAAUGAUACCUUUAUAGUACAGUUAAGUAGUCCCUAUUAAGAUCAGGGGUUCUACCGUUUCCAGGCAUGGUAGAAGUAAACGCGGAAGAUGUUCUCUCCCAUUUGAAAGCCGUUUUCGAAGCUUGUGACCAAAAUGGCGACGGUUUCGUGAAGACGCAGGAUCUUCUUAGUCUCGGCCAGGAACACGCCAGUGUUGGAUUUGAGGAGAUAAAAAUGCUGAUCGAAAAACUCGAUCCUGAAGGGUUUGGGCAGAUAAGCUUUGACGGUUUUUGUAAAGGAAUACAUGAUUUCCUAGGGGCUAAUGGUGAUGUCAAUGUAAAUGAAAAGAAUUCGCACGAGUUAGUGGAAGAUGAAUCUUUUCCAAGACUGACAAUAUCUGUGGCAGAAAACGACCAACAGGAAGAUAGCUGUUGUGAGAGAGACAGUUCUUACAGUACAACAUCAACAAAUGAUUAUAAUGGCGAUGAUGAUGACAAUUUCCAAGAUGAGCUGCAACCUUCAAAGUUUAGUCGCAAUCGAAAACAAUAUUCCACAUUCCCACCUCCCACAGGACCUCGGUUAAAACAUCGGGCAACUUUACCAGCCAUGAAUGUUGAUAUGUACAGUGAUAGACAUUCACACUCAGAUACCAGUGAAUAUCAGUCUGAAGAAGGAUUUGAAGGAUUUGGAGAAAGCUUCAGUGAGGAUACAGCGUUUGAAGAUAGUCCAACAUUAGAAAGGAACCAUCCAUAUGCUGAACGCAUCUUAAGAAACAACAGAAGAUCAUCAGCUGCAGCUGCUGCAUUUUCGAGCCAUCAUAUGCAUCUCUAUAAAUGUCACUCAGAAAAUCCCAGUAGACAUAACAGUUUUGAUGACCUUAUGGGUGAUCGAGCACUAUCAGAUAGUGAAGCAGGAACAUCAAUGUUUCUCCUAACUGAGCUUAAAAGACUGUCUUCACAAGUGUCACUAUUACAAGAGGAUCAUGCAAUGCAAACAGAUAAACAGAACAAAUUUAGAGAGGAAAAUAAAUUGUUAUGUACGAGAAUAAAUGCAUUAGAAGAACAACUCGAGAGCCAAAAAGUUUCAACAGGGAAACAAGUAGAGGAAGAAAGUUUGAGAUACAAAACAGCUUUGACCAAAUUAGAGAGAGAAAAUGAACAAACAUUAGAAACACUCAACAGAAAGUUACUUCAAGCUGAAGAGGAAAUAGAACAUCUUAAAAAAGUGGAGCCUAUGUUAAGAAAAGAACUAGAGAUAUGUCAUGAGGAUAAAAGAAGGCUUCUGAAACAAAUAGAUAGCCUUGAACUCCAACUUCAAAUUAAAACAGAUGAAGUGGCUGAGCUAAAAGGAAAGCUAGACACUGAAAGUAAGGGACGACUCGAAGAUCAUCAACAACAUGAACAGGAGCUUGCCCUAGCCUCUGAGCAGCUUUCAGAACUGGAAAAGUAUAGGCAGGAAGUAGAUCAGAAACUGAAAGACUUUCAAAAUGUGGAACAGCAGAAGACUGACUUAGAAAGACAUGUUCAGUCACUGAUAAAGGAGAACUUGGGCUUGAGAAAUUCAAAAGAAGAGCUCAACGUACAACUGCAACAGGAUGGGUUCUUUGGUGCAGAACAGAAAGGAUCAUUGGCUGAUGAACUUGUCACAGCUGACAAAGAAAAAAUCAUCAAUGCUCUUAGAGACCAAGAGGAAGAAAACAGGAGGUUACGAGGUUACCUGGAUGGAUUAUUGAUGAUGAUUAUGGAACAUAAUCCUGCCCUACUUGAACUGCGAUAACAAUGUCUGGCACCUAAUUAAAAUCAUACAUACCAUUUGUCAUUGUUGACAUACACACUGUACCAUGCACAUGUUGGCAAAAUAGAUGUUUAAUUUUAUAUUUGUAUGAUAAGCAAUGGAAUGUGAUAAUUAUGAACAAUUUUAUAAAAGACCUGACACCUUAGUGUUAAUCUAGUCUUGGUGUAUUUAUAUCUGGAGAGAAACUCUUUUUUUACCAUUCUCAAAUAGUGUCUUAUAGGUGUGGCUGGACAAAGUGGCCUUGCAAUAUUUUCUUUUGGACUUGGCUAUCUUUGUAUUCAAGAAAAAAAAAAACAGAAACUAGAAGAAAUUUCUGUUUAUGAGUAUAUGGUUUUCUUGUUUAUUCUGGUGGAAUAUUAAUCAGAGAACAGAAUCCUGUAUUCCUGUGUUCUUGGAGAACUACAAUGCAGAGCAUUUACCUUGGGAAUAACCACUCACACACCUUGAAAAGGAGGGAAAGUGAUGCUCCCAAUACAAGGCAGAUUUAGGGAGAUCCUGAAUAUAAAAGACUGUAUUUUGAGUUGCUGUGAACACCUAUGCUAUUUAAGAGUGUGAAAACAUUUAAGGAAUGAAAAACUUGAAAGAGUAAUGACUGCUCAUGAGGCUCCAGAAAUCGUGAGGGAAUGAGACGUUUAAUAGACAGCUCACAAUUUUUUUAAAAUGCUUUUUUUCACUUAAGAGAAAGGUGCCAGAAACAUGAAUCAUUGAUGUACAUUGAUGUUUGUGAACAUAACCCCUGCAUUUUUUGGUGUACUUUACACAUCAUAAAGUGGAAAGAUUUUUUUAAGGUUUUGAAGAUUUAAAUUAUUGGAUAGCUUCAGUGUAUAUAAAAAUAUAGACAUUUAAAAAUGUGAAUUCUCACUAAAAAUUACUGAAUUGUGCAACUUGUUUCUGCUGUGAAAUUUCUCUUUUUGCUGAGUAGCAGAAUAGGACCAAACAUGUUUUUUUUUUUCGUCCCCAACAUUGAAUCGAAGAUCUCAUACUCUUUUGUGGGAAUUAUAGGUGGCAAACUGAAGACAGAAACCCCUUAGCAUUUCAAGAUGUUGUUAGUCACUUUUGACCAUUUAGAGGGCGAGUUCAAAGAUUUGAUUGAUGGAUGUUACUCUAUUUUGUUUCUUUUUGUGAUGGUGUUUGUCAUGUAGUAAUAAUUUUUGACAACAUGAAAUAUUUAUAAUAAUAAUAAAUAAUAAUAAAUGAUAAAUGAUUUAGCAAUGGACAUCCACUGGGUGGCUAUUCUUGUCCACUGUUCCAGAUCGAAUUGGAAUUUGGAACGUUGGUAUUUAAACAUGUUAUUGAAAUUUGAAUGGCAUUCACAAGCAUAGUAAGUUGUACAAUCAAAUUACAAGAGUAGACACGUGUGUGAACAACUCUCCAUUAUAGUUAUAGUGCUAACCUAGUCUAAGAACUUAACAUGUGAUACUAUUUUGUUUAAACAUAUUUUUUGGAAACUCUGGCACUUUUUAAAUUCAUACCAUGACUUUUUUCAGCAGUUAUGUCCACCUACAAAUGGUAUAGGCAGUUGCUUUGUAAAUUAGAAUACUUCCAAACCCUCAUUUAAAUCAAUAGUGUAUUUUUAAUAUGCAGACAUUGUAAAUAUUGUGCUAACUGAUGAAUUAAGAACAGUGUUAUGUAACGACAGUGAAAAUUCUGUGGAAAAUAACUUUGUUACGAAAUCAAAUUCCUCACUAUA